AAUUAUUUUAAAAGGAAUAUAAACUAGAAUAAUAACUGAUGAUAAGUAUCACUUGUUUUGUAAUUCAUAACAAUUUCCUAUCUUUAAAUAAAGUUGCGAAUAUAUUGGAUCACGUGAAAAACGGUGGAAAUGUCUCUCGAGAUACCAAAACAAAGUUUAAUUUCUGCCACAUAGAUAAGAACUACAUGUAUUUACAUCCCACGACUUUCACAAAUUCAGUUUAGUUUACAGCGUUGUAUUAACAAAGAGAUGACAGCUAAACGUCAAAUGAAGGACUUAGUGCUUUUUAUUUUGACAACGUACCAUCUUUGUCAGGUACAUUGUCGACUUGCACCCGAAACAAUAGCGAUUAAGAGAUUUUUACACGGGUGUCCAUUCGCUUUUCCGUGUAUGCUUCCACCAUGCGACAACCCCGUGUUUGGACCAGGGAACUGCUGUGGAUCGUGUCCGGAGCCUGACACAACCUCGGUCGGCACACCGUCUGCUGCAACCCACGGUGAACCUGGCGUUGCAAUCAAUCACCUGCCGUCGCAGAACAAUGUUGGCAGACACAAGCGCUUCACGUUUUUUACGCGUCCAACAACAACGCCACCGACAACUACACAUUGUCCAUACCCAUGUACUUUCCGUGGACAGCAUUUCUGUCACCCGUUGCCAUGCCAUAUUACUUGCGUGGAUGGUGUACGGCCGCCUGGCGCGUGCUGCUACGAAUGUCCUAACGGUCCGAACUGUAUGUACCAGGGAACCGUCAUACCGGAAGGACAGAACGCCACUGUGGACGGCGGAGAGGUGGUGUUCUGUUCCAGCGGGGAUUUGCACGGCGGAUCUGUGAUAGUUUAUCCAGUUCCUGCGGUCGUCGGCUAACGCAUACCGUGCCACGGCGGAUCUGUGAUGGUUUUAUCCAGUUGCUGCGGGCGUCGGCUAACGUAUGUCUGCGAUUAUAUUUCAUGUCAUGUUUUUAAAAAGCUUCCAUACGAAAUAAACUCUAACGAGAUCUUAAA